CCCCGUCCGGAACGACCCACGCACGCCUUCCCUGACUCCUCCGCCCCCUCCCCACCCACGAAGGUCCUCCACCGCGCGACCUCGCGCGGCCCGUCCCGCCCCCGCGCCGCCGUCCGCCGAGACGACAACGGGUCCUCUCAGAGAAAGAUUUAGCCGGGGCAGAGCAUUAUCAAUUGGCCCGCUGCCUCGCGUGGGUGAGCAACCGCCGGCUCGAUUAGCAGCUGCCGUGCCCCUCGCCGCCGCCUCCCCUCUCUGACCGCCGGAGCCAUGGGCACACCGUCUCGCGAAGCUCCGCUCACAGCCGCCAACAAUAUCCAGCCGUUCUUUGUCCUUCACAAGGCGUCCGCUGGUGCGGCCGCGUCCGUUUCCUCCCCGGCAACUUCCCGGGCCCGGCGGCGAAUCGAGGUCUCCCAGCCGUCGUCUCCCAACCCCAAAUCUGCAAAGAGACCCCGGGACGACGACGAUGAGGGGGACAUGGAGCUGUACGAGCAGCUCCGCCUGGAGGCCUUCCACUGCACCUGGUCCAAGAUCCAGUCCACCAUCAAUGAGGUCCUCAGAGGCAUCAACCUCAAGCUGUUCGACCAGGUGCUGCGGUGGGUCCAGGAAUCCUUCUCCGCGAUCCGCUCUAUCACGAGACCCUGCCCCGCCGAAAUCCAGCAGCCGUGCCCUCUCUUAACUGAUGUGAUCUGCAGAAAGAUACCAACGGCAUUUGUUCUCACUAAGAAUGCAGAAUUUGUUGAUGAUGUCACGACAUUUCGGGAUCUCAUGGAUCAUCUGGAGUCUAAUGGAUGUCACCUGGCCAAGCUCUCGGCAACGGAAUUAUCAUCAAAGAAUGGAGUUGGUGGCUGCUUAAGGAGCUUGUUGAGGCAGCUGCUUUCAGAUGUUCCAGAUGUAGCGGAUGUAUCUGCACUCGCAUCUUGGUACUGCAAAGGCGACAAUUAUGAUCAACCUAUCAUUAUCAUAAUUGAUGAUUUAGAGCAAUGCUCCGGUGAUGUCCUGGGAGAGCUUGUGAUGACGCUGAGUGAGUGGGUAAUUAAGAUUCCAAUCUUCUUUGUAAUGGGGAUAGCAACUACCCUUGACGCACCAAGGAAACUGCUCUCAUCGGAAGCUCUUCAAAGAUUAGAUCCCUGUAAACUCACGUUGGGGUCUCCCUCUGAUAGAAUGAAUGCCCUUGUGGAGGCCAUCCUUGUUAAACCAUGCGCCGGUUUCUGCAUCAGUCACGAAGUUGCAGUCUUCCUCAGAAAUUACUUUUUCAGACACGAUGGGACAAUAACAUCAUUCAUUAGUGCUCUCAAGCUUGCAUGCAGUAAACACUUCUCCGUCGAACCUUUGAGUUUCUUGUGCAUGGGAAUGCUUGAAGAGGAUUCUGAGAACUUUUGGCGUGAUAAAUUUGGUGCACUGCCUGUAGCAAUUCAGAAACAAGCUUUUGGUUUACCCUCAUGUACUAGGGAAAAUAACUCAAUCAAGCCUGGCAACAAUUUGGUAGAAGGGUUGUCUGAGCUGAUGAAGCUGCAAAAGGAUUGGAGUUCUGUUCUCUUGUGCUUGUAUGAAGCUGGGAGACAUGGCAAAGUGCAACUUUUAGAUAUUUUCUGCGAGGCAAUCAAUCUAGAUCUGCAUACUCAGAAUGAUUCAAAUAAUGAACUGCUUAUGUCUAAACUGACAAGUGGGAAUCUAUCAAGUGGAAAAUCAGGUGCUGGUAGAAGAUGUAUAGCUCAGGCAUUGGAUACAGUAAGAUACAUGCCUAUGGAAACAUUAUUUCGUGUUCUUGAAGUUUGGAGCAUCCACUUAGAAGGAAUGAAUGAGAUUAAGGCCAAGGUCAAAGAGCUUCAGUCAACCACAACCAGUGAAGAUUGUGUGACAAUCACAAAGGAUAAGUGGCCUAGGAGAUCAACAAAUAGUACUGCAAUUGGAACAGUGCCAUUAAACGAUAAAGCUACCAUGCUAUUGGAUGAUAUUACGAGAAAUUUUUUGGUGCCUGUCGAGUGUUUACCUUUUCACGAAAUCAUUUGCUUCAAGAAUGUUGGUGUUCUCCAAUCUGCACUAAUUGGAAACCCAAGAAGAAUGGUUCAGCUUGAUCUCCUGAAGUCACAGAGCAGUCUUAAUUGCUCUUGCUGCAGCAGAAAUGGAAUUGCUGUGUCAGCAUCCUUGCAUGAUACAUCAGUUAUGUGCAACCUAGCCCAAGAAUAUGGUGACGUAAUUAACCUCCAUGACUGGUACCUGUCGUUUGAUGGAAUUAUCAAUUCAAAGGGGAAAAGCAAAUUGGUUGGUUCUCCCUCAAAAAAGAAAUCAAAAGCAACGCCUCAACAGAGUGGAGCCAUGAUCCAAGCACGGUUCUGCAGGGCUGUCACCGAGCUCCAAAUUACGGGACUUCUUCGGAUGCCAAGCAAGAGAAGGCCAGAUCUGGUGCAGAGAAUUGCAUUCGGUCCUUGAGACCUUCAUUUUUUGUGAAGAAUUUAUGCUAGAAUCGAGCAGUGCACUGAAAGCCUAAGAAAAUGUCUCUCCUGUAGCCUGUAACAUGUAGAGCUCUGUUUGGUUGUAUACUGUAGAGAUGCAUUAAGCCAAUGGAGCCUUUGAGUGCUUCUGCAGGUACCAGUUUAUUUGAGUAUUUGCAUCAUUUGAUUAUGAAACUGGAGA